AUGUUUUGCACUAUUAAGGCAAAUCUUUUUUUUUUAACAACUCAGCCUGUAAAGGAAAAGGAUGAUUCUGUGAUUGAUCUGACAGAAGAUACCCUAUCAACAGAAAAUUCAGUGUCGGCCCUGGAGUCAUUUACAAAAGAUGUUUCAAGUUCAAAAGAGAGCACUAGCCCAGUGGCACGAAAUACAGCCCAGGAUCUUGAGUGCUUUGAGCACCUCCCGCCGCUCCCGGAACCACCGCCACUGCUGCCUGAACUGGUAGACAAGAUUCGAGACACCCUCCCACCCCAGAAGCCUGAGCUCAAAGUGAAACGGGUACUGAGACCCAAGGGCAUUGCCCUCACCUGGAACAUCACCAAAAUCAAUCCCAAAUGUGCUCCCGUGGAAAGCUACCAUCUCUUCUUAUGCCAUGAGAACCCUAAUAAUAAGUUGAUUUGGAAGAAAGUUGGAGAAAUUAAAGCUUUACCACUCCCAAUGGCCUGUACUUUAUCUCACUUUUUAGUUUCCAACAAAUACUAUUUUACUGUCCAGUCAAAAGACAUUUUUGGGAGAUAUGGACCGUUUUGUGAUAUCAAAUCUAUCCCUGGGUUUUCUGAAAACCUUACCUAAAAGCCUUGGAUAUUUAUAUAUUGUGUUAUGUUUUUGUUUUGUGUUUCCAUAUUUGAGUUGUUUACAGUGUUCCUCUUAACACUAAUUGCUGAUUUAUAGGGCCAGUUCAGAUUGUGAACCCUGUGUAUAGGGACAGUCCGCCUCCCUAUUUGUAAGUGUCCUGUAAUUUCACGAAUUUCUGAUUUGCAUUCAGGAAGUAUUUCCAAUGACUGUUUGAGAACAAAAACACUAUCAUGGACCCAUGUCGCUGAGC